GCCGUCCGAGUAUCUAGGCAGAUCGGGGCUGUUCCAGCCAUUCAGAAAAAAGAAAAUAAAGCAACGCACGAGCCCGCUGGGCCAGGACCGUGGGGCUGGGCUGGAGUGAAGGUGGCUGCGAGCCCUCAUGCCGGGAUGGCAGAAGAUGAACCUGAUGCUAAGAGCCCAAAGACUGGGGGAAGGGCCCCCUCAGGUAGUGCUGAGGCAGGGGAACCCACCACCCUCCUUCAGAGGCUCCGAGGUACCAUUUCCAAGGCCGUGCAGAACAAAGUAGAGGGAAUCCUGCAAGAUGUACAGAAAUUCUCAGACAACGACAAGCUGUAUCUCUACCUUCAGCUCCCCUCAGGGCCCAGUACUGGAGACAAAAGCUCAGAGCCAAGUACACUCAGCAACGAGGAGUACAUGUAUGCUUAUAGGUGGAUCCGCAACCACCUAGAAGAGCAUACUGACACCUGCCUGCCAAAACAAAGUGUUUAUGAUGCCUAUCGGAAGUACUGUGAGAGUCUCGCCUGUUGCCGCCCACUCAGCACAGCCAACUUUGGCAAAAUCAUCAGAGAGAUCUUCCCUGACAUCAAAGCCCGAAGGCUUGGUGGCCGGGGCCAGUCCAAAUAUUGCUACAGUGGCAUACGAAGGAAGACCUUGGUAUCUAUGCCGCCCUUGCCCGGACUUGACCUAAAGGGCUCUGAGAGUCCAGAAAUGGGCCCAGAAGUAACCCCAGCACCUCGGGAUGAACUGGUUGAAGCAGCCUGUGCCCUGACCUGUGACUGGGCAGAGCGAAUCCUGAAACGGUCCUUCAGUUCCAUCGUUGAGGUCGCCCGCUUCCUGCUACAGCAGCAUCUCAUCUCUGCCCGAUCUGCACACGCCAAUGUGCUCAAGGCUAUGGGGCUUGCUGAAGAGGAUGAACAUGCCCCUCGGGAACGGUCAUCUAAAUCCAAGAAUGGUGUAGAGAAUCUGGAGGGCGGAGCCCAUAAGAGACAAGAGAGACAGGCCCAGCCUCCUAAGGAGCUGGACCCCCGGGCUGGGGCUGGCCCCCCAGCACGCGGAGAGCGAAAGAAGGGUGUAGUGGAGAGCCCAGCGCCAGCAGCCAAUAACCCACAGGUUAAUGCCCUAGUGGCCCGGCUGCCUCUGCUUCUCCCUCGGGCCCCUCGCUCACUUAUUCCACCAAUCCGAGUCUCUCCACCCGUCCUGGCCCCCAAGCUUUCUUCAAGCACUCUGAAAAUGGCUACACUGCCUCUGCCCCCUAGAGCUGGGGGACCCCAAGCAGCUGUGCCCAUCAUUAACAUGAUCUUACCAACUGUUCCUGCUUUGCCUGGACCUGGACCUGGGCCUGGGCCUGGGCCUGGGCCUGGGCCUGGGCAAGCUCCACCUGGGGGGCUCACUCAGCCGAGGGGCACAGAGAACAGGGAAGUGGGCAUAGGUGGUGACCCGGGACCCCAUGAUAAGGGUGUGAAGAGGACAGCUGAAGUACCUGUGAGUGAGGCCAGUGGGCAGGACCCACCAGCUAAAGCAAGAAAGCAGGAUAUAGAGGAUACAGGAAGUGAUGCCAAAAGAAAACGGGGGCGCCCUCGAAAAAAAUCAGGUGGAAGUAGGGAAAGGAAUUCUACCCCUGACAAGUCAGCAGCUGCCGUGGACUCUGCCCAGUUCUCAAGGUUACCACUGGAGACGUGGGCCUCUGGAGGGGAAGGCAACUCGGCUGGAAGGUCAGAGAGGCCAGGGCCAAUGGGAGAGGCUGAGAAGGAGAUGCUUGCCCAAGGUCAGGUGGAUGGUGCUGUUUCCAGAGGAGGAAGGGGCCCCAGUUCCCGGCAUGCCAAAGAAGCAGAAGAUAAAAUUCCUCCUGUCACCCCAAAAGUGAGUGUCAUCAAGGGCAGUAGAAGCCAAAAGGAGGCUCUUCAUUUGGUCAAGGGAGAGGUAGACACUGCAGCACAGGGUAAUAAAGACUUAAAGGGGCUUGUGCUUCAAAGCUCCUUACCGCAUGAGUGAAAGACCCCAAAGCAACACCCCCAUGAUAGGUAUGUGGGGAAGAGUGCUAUGUUAACUCUACCUGUCUGCCUAGUAGAGGCCCUUCUUUGCACUUGCUUCUCGCUUGGCUCUUCAUUCUCUUCUGUAUAGACAGCUGAGGCACCCUGUCUUGCAUAGUGCCUGGUUCUUGCCUCUUACCUUUCCAGCUCAAUACCCUUGGCUUUAGAGUCACUAAUAAAUCUGUACUGACCAUCUUACCUGGAUCCCUGUGCUAUCCUGUGGAAAUACAGGGAUGGAGUAUGAUGAAUGUAUAGGUUAGGCAUCUUUCAAUUUUAAAUCAUAGAAAACCUAACUCGAACUGGCUUAAAAAUAAAAAUUUAUUGGCUCAUGUGACUGGAAAGUCCAGAGGUAGUGCUGGCUCCAGGUAAAGCUGAUCCAGUGGCUCAGUAUGUCUCUAAACACCUGAUUGAUUUUCUUCCCCUACUGUUCUACCUUCUGUAGGAUCAAGCCUGGUCCACCUCAUGGCUGCCAGCACUCCUAGGAUUACAUGUUUUCCUCAUUCAUGUCCAGCCAGAAAGAGAGGGCAUCUUUGU